AUGGCUGAGAGGUUACCAAUUAUUUUCCUCCUUGCUUCAUACUUGUUCGUAUCGGGAGUUCUGUCCAAAAGUAUCCUUACCAUAGAGAACAAAUGUAAUUACACAGUUUGGCCAGUUAUCUACUCAUGGCAAUCACAGCUCUCCACCACCGGCUUCACUCUCAGGACAGGGGAGACGCGUACCCUACAGGCUCCAUCUUCAUGGUACGGUCUUAUCUCUGGUCGGACGCUCUGCUCAAACGACUCAACAGGAAACUUAUCGUGCGUCACGGGAGACUGUGAAUCCGGCAAGAUCGAGUGUCCCGGCAGAUACGGUUGGUCGAAGGUGACUUAUGUCUACUUUAGAAUCGAUUACGGUGGUAUUAACAGCCACUUCAUCAGUCUCGAGUACGGUUACAACCUUCCAAUAAUGGUGGUCCCGUCACAGAGUAGCCCGACAUGUUUUAGCUCGGGUUGUAUGGUUGACUUGAAUAGUACGUGUCCGGAUGACCUUAAGCUAUUUGGCGGGGGAGAUCAAAUCGGCUGCAGUAGCGCAUGCCGACAGAAUAAGACCCCGGAGAAUUGUUGCACCAAUUACUUUCAGUCAAAGCAAAAUUGCAAGCCGACGAUGUACUCGCAGAACUUCGAGCGAGCUUGUCCACACGCUUAUACCUAUCCGUACGGUGAUAAUAACAGCACCUUCACAUGCACAAAUUCGACUAACUACGUCAUCACUUUUUGCCCUUCCUCCAUUCCAAACACCACCAGCAUAAAACAGACGGGUCUAGGAUUCAGAGCCAUUGAGGAUUUUAACAUGGCAUUGCUAGCCAAGCAACUAUGGCGUCUGAUUGAUUACAUGGAAUCUCUAUUCUCAAAAGUGUUCAAAGGAAGAUAUUUCUGA